AUGGGGUGUGGACCGUCCCACCUUGUUCACGAAGAGGGAGGAGCCGCUAAUACACCACGUGAUAAGCCCAAACCUCAAGAGACCAAAAUCGUGUCCAAUGGCCACCCAGUAGCAGUGAAGGAAAACAACGCAAAGAAUAAAGAAAUACGAAAAACCACAGACACAAACGCCAACCGAGACGAUGUUAUCACAAACAAUGCUCCUGCUCUUCCCAAGUCUAUCAGUUUUUCUGUGGGAAUGGACGGGGAGGAGAAACCGAGCCUCAUCGCCAAGCACCCUCCUAUGAAGCUAAAGCGAUUAGAACCCCUGAAUAUGCCUAUACUGACUCCGGAGCUUCUCAAAGAAAAACAAAGGCUUGCAGACGAGAAAAGAGAUAGGGAACUGCAGCGUAAAGUUAGUGCUUCCCGAAAGUCAUCUAAACGGCGGCGAGAGCUGAUGGCAGCUAAAGAUUUUGAAUUGCAGCAAAUGCAAGAACAGGAACAGACGAAAAUGCAGUCGGCCGAGGCACUACGACUGGCUAAACUGAAUGAUAUUAAAGAGAAACAGAAAAUACGCGAGGAACGCGCUAAGAGAGCUAGGGAAAAGGCCCAACGGAUGAAGCAAGCUGAGCAGGCAGACCUUGGUAUUUUAGAGGUGGAGAAGGAUGAUCACUUUAACGCAGAUGAUGCCGAUUCCUGGUUAGAUGGCGACAACAACAACUCCAGGGAAGACCGGUCUGAAAUGGGUGACAGAGUUUACUCGGGAGGGCGAUGUAGCCCUCAAAAGCAGGUGCUAGACACGACAAAUCACCGUUACCCCAGCGCUAGCACCGUCGAUAGUUUCGACAAUGCUUAUAACAGAAAACCGCCCAGUGCUUCAGCACCUCGUCAAAAUCAGCUACCAGAGGAAACGGACGAUUUUUUCGAUUCUUGA